AGUAACGUCAUUACUCUGUGCAGUGUAAAUCUGGGAAAUUUUGGAAACAGGCGAACCUACAUUAUCUGCUCUUCAAAGAAAACAAAACAGGAAGUAAGAAAUAGCGGUCAUUUAAAAACGAAAGAAAUAUGGAAGUUUUCGAUAAUUGUCGCAUAUGUUUACAAGCCAUUCCUCAUGAGCCCAUCAAAAUGACCCGUUCCAUCCUGAAGUUCAUAGAACAAGGUCUGCAAAUGCCACACAUUACCCGAAAGUUGGAUAGCACAAAUGUCAAGCAGAACCUUUGUGCAGCAUGCUUUAAUAAAUUGGCUGAAUUUCAAGAUUUCCAUGAAGUGUGUAAGGAUGCUGAUGAGUUUUGGAAAAGAACAUUUCCGAAAGAGCACGACGAAGGGCAGCAUGCUGUUGACACAAAAAAAGAGCUACAAAUGGAACAGAAUCAAAUAGCCGUAGUUGAUGUCACUUCGACAUGCACUCAAGAACAGGAAAUGCAACUGGAAGUGUAUCCAGAAUCGAAAUCAGAAGAAGAGAAUGACGAAUUACUUUUAUCUCUACCAUUCACGGAUCAAGCCGACCAAGAAGUUCAAUCGGAAAAUGAAGAUAAACCAGACAAGAUAGUCGAUGUUAACGCUGGUCAUGUUUCUGUCGAAUGGCGGACAGAAGAUGAAGAGUCUGUGAUUGAAUCAGAAAACGAUGGCAGUGGUGUUGAGGAUCAGGAUAUCAUAGAAUAUGAAUACGUGUUGCCACAAGAAAAUAGCAGUCUAAGAAAGGAGGGCAUAGAAGAUAUUGUCGCAAACGAUGACGAAGCACAUUCUCAAAUGGAAAAUCAACCAUAUGUCUAUGAAGUGGGUGAUGAUGAUUCUUGCACAUUAGUACAAGACUCUUACGACGAUGGCAUGGAGAAUGCCACAGAAACAUCCACAUUGGACACACCAAUGGAAGUUUCAGCAUCAGCAAAUACCUAUAUAGUUAAGACGGUUCUAGAUGACAAUGGAAAGGUAAAGAAAUCCUAUCAAUGUCAACAUUGCGAUAGGUGUUUUGAUCGCAUCUACGACAUAGAAUCACACUACAAUAUACACACGGAUGUUAAACCUUACAAGUGUGAAAUUUGUGGCAAAUCGUUUAGGCAGAAGAAUAUACUUACCACACAUCAGGCAGCUUUGCAUUUUGGCAAAAAAAUCGAAUGCCCUGAAUGUGGCAAGAUGUUUGCACGGCGCUCACAACUCAUACUGCACUUCCGCAUGCAUCGUGACGAAAAGCCUUUCGUUUGUGAAUUCGUAGAUUGCCAGGCGGCCUUUAGGCAGCGCCAACACUUGGUCGAUCAUUUAUUUAUUCACACGGGAGAGAAGAAUUUCCAAUGUUCCACAUGUGAAAAGGCGUUCCAAACAAGAAAACGGCUACAGGAUCACAUUUACAAAGUACAUUCCUAUCACCGCUACGGUUGUGAUAGAUGUGAGAAGAUGUUCCUUAAACCACAUAUGCUUCGUAAUCAUCUUGCCUCAGCCCAUAAAGUGGCAGUCAAAGAUGUCUCGCAUUUAAAGAUUUUGGUAGACCCUAUAAGAAGUUUUAAGAAAUCAGAUUGGAAAUACAAUAAAAAUUAGUGCAAACGUUA